AUGGCUCGCGCCAGUGGCGCCAGCGCCGACGCUUCAGGCGCCUCCGAAGCACCGCGAUCAGCGACCACGGCGGCCGCGGGCGCCGGUGCGAGCGAUCAACGCGCUCUGCUCGGCCGUGUGCUCGAACCGCCCCCUGCUGAUGUGCACUUGUGGGAUUCCCAAUGCUUCUCGGGCCCUGUGGUCGUGGCGCCAGUGCACGUCCUAAGCGACGAGUCAGUGUCUCAAGGGGAACCUGACCUUCUCCUUGACUCGCCUGAUCCUGGGGUGCAGGUUGAUUGGAACGUGGUCGCGGAGUCUGGACUAUGGCGGAUGUACUACUAUGGGAGGGAUGGCGAUGACUGGGCGAAAGGGGUUAAAGCGCUGCCUGUGCCGAUUGGCCGGGUGGGGCUUGCCGUCAGCAGGGACGGCGUGACGUGGCAACGUGUGAGAGGGCCGUUACCUGGCGGUGCUGUGCUGGAUCCCGCUCAGUCUGACGAGGCGUUUGACAGUGUCCACGUGGCAGUUGGUGACGUUUUCCGUGCUUGGAAUCCAGAACAUGUUGCUGGUGAUGAGUCGGAUUCAGCUGAUGAUGACUCAGCAUGUGCCAUUGACGACCCCGCAUCAUGCUCCAGUGAUGCUGAUACCAGCAUUGCUGCAGCAGCUGUGGACAGUACCAGCAUCAGCACCAACGGGCAGCAAGAAUGGUGCAUGCUGUACUCUGGGGGCAGCCUAAAACCUGUUGACCUGCCUGGACUGCCCGGAGUGAAAGCACAGGGCGCGGAGAUUCAAAUAGGAGCAGCGUGGUCGCGAGAUGGAGUGCACUUUAACGUCAGAUCAGAGAGGCCUGUGUUGGGAAAGGGUGCACGGGGGGAGUGGGAUCAGUUUGGUGUGUCCUGGCCUCGUAUUGUCCAGCUUCCACAGGCGUCUCCUGCUGCUGCUGCUGCUGCUGCUGCUGUUGAAUUUGGCAGCAGCAUUGAUCACCGUGUUAAGGCAGACCCGUCUGUUGCAGGUGACAUAUGGCUCAUGACCUACCACACACGCGGGCAGGAUGAGCAGGGGAAGGCCGGCUACGCUGCUGGUGCUGCUGUGUCCUGCGAUGGUGGCAAGUCCUGGCAGCGACUGGGGAAGGUGCUAUCUGGGGGGGACCCAGGGUUGUGGGAUGAGCAGGGAGUGUCUGUGCGCAGUGUUGUGGCAGUGCCAGCUGGCAAAGCAGGGCGGAGCAUAGAUGGGCUUGCUGCUGAAGCUGUUGUUGCUGAUACCGUUGGGGCCCGAGCCAGGUGGACCAGUGUUGAAGGCGAGGAGAGGGGAGGAGGCGUGGGAUAA